CAAUAAAAAAUCAGCGGCGUUGUAAAAGAACUCAGGAUACAUACAAUGAUUACUUUGGUUUGGGAUCUGAAUGUGCUAUGUAUAUUGUUCCAGAAGCGUUGAGAAACGUUAUAGGGCUUAGCAUCCUAUUGUAAUAGCUGAUUUUAUUACAAAUUUACAAAACGGACAGACACAGCCAUGUCUGUCCUAUCUACAGAUGGGGAAACGAGCAUCAAGACACGAAACGUUGAAAGAAGACUGAGUGCUUCAAAAGUGAAGAAAUUGCUUCCAAAGGAGUUAUAUAAUCGAGUAGCAGCUAUACUUCUUUUGUCAACUUCAAGUGAUUACCUGAUAGAUGGCCAGAGCUCCUACUGUGAAAGUGGUGAACACAGUUUUGAUCAAACUAGUCUCAUUUCUGGAUCAAAUGUUCUUUCCAGAAAACAUACCAAGGAAACCAAUUCUUUAGUUGGUGGAGAAAGAGAGUUUCCUACACAAGAGUUGCCUCAUGGUGUAGCCACUGAUUUGCAUAUGCAUCCACCAUCCAUAAGAUCAAAAUGUGUCACUGCAAAUGCAAGUACAAGUAGGACGCCACAGUUCAAAUUUAUGCAAUAUGCAGAACUUGAAGCAGCAUGGUGGCGACUAGACACAACAAAACGUGACAUCUCGCAACUCCCACUGGAGCAGAGAGCCAAGAUUAUAACAUCACAGAUAAUUGCUGACUUUGUGCAGUGGCAGAAGAAUUUUCUUGCCUCUGAAAUUCCUAUCCUAUCAGAGAAUGUUCUAGCAGAACUGUUUGAGGUAGACUUUGACAAGCCCAUUGCCCAUGCAUUAUGCAUCCAUCUGAGAGAAAUACCUUACGUGACUCCAAUGGUUGCAAAAGAAAAUGCAAUGCCUGAGUUUGGGGGAGGAGAAGGUGGCUGACGUCAUGAACAGCUGACUGGCAUCCACCACUUGUCAACAUAACAGGAACGUGCCGCUGACAAACCGUACGGCGGAAUGCGGUGAUUCUUUGUGAGCAUAACAACAACUCCUAGAUCUUCCUGUCUCUGGUGGCAUCAAUGUCACUCUUUGCUUGCAUCAAACGUCCUAACUGCGUGUGACAAUCAGCUCAAGACAUAGGACAGUGAUAAAAGCAGAGUAACAAGUGCUAUGUUAUGUAUAGUGUUUGUGAGUCCUCAGUGGCGACAAUGCCCCUCCCCGUAGUGAAAUCAUGUGAAAUUCUGCUCAACUUAUAGGUAGGGCCCCAAAGCAGAGUAUCCAAUAUUUCCUUAUGGUGUUAAAAGUGCUCAAGUCAACAAAAUGUCUUUUUUUUAUAAAUAAUUCACUCAGUGUAACUUGGUUGUAAAUGGAAAAUAUUUCUUUAAAGGUAUGUACUGAUUUUUGUAUAAGUAGUCUGUGUACUGUAUGCCAAUUUACAAAUUUCAAUAGUUAAUUGAUAAAAUGUUUUAUGCCUGUAACUGUAGUUUUGGCAGAUGCAUAGUGUCAAUGCUUUUGUGUAUAUAGGUUUUACAUUUGUAUUAGGUUAUUUAAAAUUAGGCUCAUUUAUUCAGAUUCCAUUCCUUAGUGUCAAUUAUGUUCUUUACUGUGAUUCAUGUGCAUAAUUAAGAGUAACCUUUACUAAUAUGCUUGAUAUCUCCAACAAAAGGGAAAUUGUGUCAGUCACGUUAUCUUAUAUUUUUUACAUUUUUAUUGUUGACUGACAGACAGUUAGUAAAUUAUGUGUAAAGUUCUUGCUGUCAUUAAAUAAUUUUCAAAUUGAUAUAUUCAUUGAUCAUGUUUUGUGUGCAUGGAGAUAAUGUUAAUUAACAUUAGUUAUAUUUUGAAAGUCAUUUGUUCUCAGGGUCAGAUACUUAUUGCAACUACUUUGACAUGAAAUAAUAAUUAGUAUAAUUUUCAAA